AUGUUGAGUGAUCAUUUGCAUAAACAGCUAAUAGCAAAUUGCCAGAGAGAGCCUACAGUUAUAGAUAGCUAUGGUGUCCAUUUUGAAUAUCAUGAUUUAUGUGCAAGACUUCUUGCAUUGCAAAAUUUACAAGAAUUGGCUAAUCAACAAAGCAAAAAAAGUCCGACAAGUAAAGUUCCGAAUUUAGUGGGAUUAGAAUCAAUUAAUGCUGCCCCUACAGAAAUAAAGAGCGAUAGAGCCAGACAUUUGUAUGAUGUAAAUUUUUUCAAAAAUAAUUUUCUCAAGCCGAAAAAACAAAAAAUAAUGCUAAUUCCCCCAUAUCAACUAUAUGGAAAAUUAUUCCUCUAUAUAGAGCAAAGAUUUUAAUAUGAAUUUUUUAGUAUGAUAUAUAAUUAAUGAUGAUUAUAAUAGUGAUAUCUCCAGCUAGUGAUAUUAAUUUUUAAGUGCUUGUGUUUCGAAAAAAAUAAAUGUUUGCAAAUUAUCAAUUUUUACAUUUUUAAAAAAAAAAUUUUUAAAAUGCAAAAAAUCUUACUCAUUAAAGGAAGUAAGAAAUUCGAGUGGGCCAAUUAAAAAUUUAUCACAAAUACAUCUUAAUGGGUCCUCAACAGAGCGGAAAUCUGUUUAUGAAAGAGUUCAGUCCGUAUAUGGGAAAAGAAAGAUCGUGGGUGCUAAUAAAAAGCCAGCAAAUAUUGAUAUUUUGGCUUUAAAAUUGAGCCGAGUCCCACCAAUGCCAUCUAAUUUGUCUACUAAAGUAUCUCUAUUGAAGAAAAUUAAAAGCAAAGCUAUAAUUACUAAAAAAAAUUAA